GUAAAGGGUUUGUAAAACAAAAAAUAAAUAAAAAUUAUAGUACUCCAAGUUUUCAGCUGGAAGAAAAAUGCCGACGGCCGCCGUGACCGCUUCCUUACCGCCUCCCAAACGCCUCUUGUUCGACCGUCGCUACGGUUGGAUAUUGGAUGAGUGGAAAGAGCCAUCUGUGGAAGCCUUAUCUGGUGGCCGCGGAAUGUUCUGCGUCAUUCCUCUAGCAAAAGCAUUGAUUCAGAAGGCAUCUGAAACGGUAAACUUUGUUGGGAGUUCGACACUGGAAGUCCUCGAUAAACCAGAAUUGCUCUCACCCAAAGCUCUUCAAGCCACACUCACUCAUCAAAUGCAAAGAUUCAAGUCUUCUGUAAAUGAUGCAAAACUAGUUCCGAUGGCGCCGGCCAGAAGUAAAGAGACGGGAUCGACCCCCAUCCUGACGGAUCAGCCUAAAUGAAACACUGGAUCACAAACUGAGAAUGUAGGCUAAAUUAGUACCUGGUCUGGAUAUUUUUCACAGUAUUAAUCUCCCUUUCUUGUCAUAUGAUUCUCUCACAGAGUUCUUGAAUUUUUUUGUACCUGCAGUUUUAAUUUUAUGUUAGUCAUUGUUAGAGCA